CCCUUCGGCUUCAAUCAUUCUCCAUCGUCAAAGGUUGCCAUAACCCCAUCGCCUGGACUGAGGGGAAUUAUCGGUUGAAAGCGGAAGAAUAUGUUACAGCCCAGGCUAUUGGCACCCUUCCGGGUGUUGGAGAGAUCCUUUGCUCCCUCCCUCCGCGCCUCGCAGCAGCUCUACCGGCCGCAAUCCGUCCUCCAACGAACCCUCUCCGCGCCCUCUCCCAUCUCCAAAUCGACCACCUCGCUCCCCACUCUCCUUUCUCUCUCCCAGGUCCGACACGCUUCUCACGCCUCGCAAGGUACCGCAAACAGACACUCCCGGGAUCCAGCCGGAAAACGUCUCGGAGCGAAGAGAACAGGCGGAGAGUACGUCGUCCCCGGCUGCAUCAUCUUCCGACAGCGUGGAUCAAAAUGGUUCCCCGGCGAAAACUGUGCAAUGGGCCGUGACCACACCAUCUAUGCCACCGAGGCUGGCUAUGUCCGCUACUACCUCGACCCUGAACGGCACUCGGACCGAAAGUACAUUGGUAUUUGCUUCGAAAAGGAAGGAAAGCUGCCCACACCCCGAAACGCACCCACUAGGCGAAAGUUGAACCGAGUCGCUGUUCACCGAGUUUUUGAAUCCGCCGAGGCUCCUGCUCAGUCCGAUUUGGUCGCCUCUGUCACUGAAGAAGGCACAAUGGUCUCUAGCGUUGGGGCCGAGGAUGCCAGCACUGGCUCCCAGCUACGACCCGGAUACAUGUACCGUGAGGCAAACUGGCAAAUUGGUCGGGCCGCCGAGAAGGCUGGUAUCACUGCCAAGGAGUACAACAGCAAGAACCGCUGGAUGGCCUGGAGAAAGAGACAGGCUAGGGCUGACCGGGCUGCCCAGAUGAAGAGCCUGAAGAACAAGAAGAAGGGCUCGAAGAAGGCCAAGGGUGGUCGCUAAUCGAUACAUGUAUUGUUUUUCUAUUUAUCUACCUUUGUUUGUGUGGCGAUAUGACGGUUUUCCAAGGUGUUUCUUUGUAUUAUAGAAAGAUGACUGCAAUUAUCAAUCCCUUCCUGACUGUAUUAUGCCUUAGACUACCAUGGAAUUUGAUGUAGAUACUGUUGUAUUGAGCACUUUUGAGAAAUCCAGAUGUGUGAACAUGGUACUUUUAAAUACACCACAGCUACUCAGAAAAAUAAUAGAACAAAAAGAAGGGGUAUCUUCCAUAUUUCGCCGUAUACAUAGUGUUGGGGGGGAGACUGAUUCACAUUCAAUAGCCCCAUAUGCGCCUUUCAUCAACCAUUUCAAGACAGAUGAAUGGCCACUGGCCUCAGGCGGGAUAAACAAACAAAUGAAAAAAAAAAAAAAAAAAAAAAAA